GUGCUUUAGGCGCUCCCUUUGUCAGGAUGAAUUAGGAAGGCAAGGCCUCUUCCUCUGAACCAUGGAGACAAGGGCGUCUUUCAUUGCCACCAUGCAAGAGACCCAGCAUCUCUCCCCAGAGAAGGCUCAGAGCCCGGCCAACGGCAACACGGAGCAGUUUGAUUCAGAUGAGGGCUCCAGCAUUGAGGACGCAGACUUCAACUGGGACGAGUUCCUGGAGGAAACAGGAACCAGCGCUGCUCCCCACACCUCCUUCAAACACGUUGAAAUCAGCCUUCAAAGCAGUUUCCAACCAGGGAUGAAAUUAGAAGUGGCCAACAAGAGCAAUCCGGACACAUACUGGGUGGCUACGAUCAUUACAACGUGUGGACAGCUCUUAUUGCUUCGUUACUGUGGCUAUGGAGAUGACCGCAGGGCGGAUUUCUGGUGUGACGUGAUGACAGCAGAUCUUCACCCAGUUGGCUGGUGUACACAGAAUAACAAGGUCCUGAUGCCUCCAGAUGCAAUCAGAGAGAAAUACAUGGACUGGACGGAGUUUCUCAUACACGAUUUGACCGGCGCUCGUACUGCACCUGCAAAUUUACUGGAAGGCCCUCUGCGAGGAAAAAACCCUGUAGACCUCAUUACAGUUGAUUCCUUAAUAGAGCUGCAGGAUUCCCAGAAUCCCUUUCAGUACUGGAUAGUUAGUGUGGUUGAAAAUGUUGGAGGAAGAUUACGCCUUCGCUAUGUGGGAUUGGAGGAGACUGAAUCCUAUGACCAGUGGUUGUUUUACUUGGAUUGCAGACUUCGACCAGUCGGUUGGUGUCAAGAGAAUAAAUACAGAAUGGACCCACCUGCAG